UGGACGCUAUUUAAACGGCUCAGAGGUGCUCAUCCCCAGUCGGCCACAGAAGCAAGCCUGGAUUCAAGAUGCCAAACUGGGGAGGAGGUGCCAAAUGUGCAGCCUGUGAGAAGACAGUGUACCAUGCAGAGGAGAUCCAGUGUAAUGGAAGGAGCUUCCAUAAGACCUGCUUCAUCUGCAUGAGCUGCAGAAAGGGGCUGGACAGCACAACAGUCGCAGCGCACGAGUCUGAGAUUUACUGCAAGUCCUGUUAUGGGAAGAAGUACGGGCCAAAAGGCUACGGGUAUGGGCAAGGAGCUGGAGCUCUGAGCUCUGAUCCUCCUGGACGGGAUGCAGGCCCUCAGCCUCACGACUCCAACCCACGACCAGCCUCAUCAAAUUCCAUUGCCAACAAAUUUUCUCAGAAGUUUGGAGGCUCAGAUCGCUGCCCUCGCUGCUCCAAGGCAGUCUACGCAGCAGAGAAGGUGAUGGGAGCAGGGAAGCCCUGGCAUAAAACCUGCUUCCGCUGCGCCCUGUGUGGUAAAAGCCUGGAGUCGACCACAGUGACAGAUAAGGACGGAGAGCUGUACUGUAAAGUUUGCUACGCCAAAAACUUCGGUCCUAAAGGAUUUGGACUGGGGAACGCUGCCAUGCUGGAAGAACCGCAGUAAAAACACAUCUGAUUUUAAUGAACCUCCUGCUCAUCACGUCUUUACCUUCACGCUGACUUAUGUUGUAAUACAUAAUAGACUCUUC